CUCCUCUCGCAUCCCUCUCCUCCCUCGCCUCUGUAUACUCCAUCCUCCAGUCCUCUGGAAUUCCUCGCAAGCAGAUAUACCCUUGUGGUAUCCCCCUACCCCCGUCACUGCCACUUCAAAAACCCUACGUCGCUUUCGAAACAUUACGCGCACACGGCGGUCAAUCGGGGUUGAACAACAGCUCAUCUGAAUCACGCCCUUCAAGCAUAGAAGUGUAGACUGAGGACAUCAGGACAUCAGAGGGACCAUAGCGAGAAUGAGCUACGGCCAAGCUUUGCAGAAAGUCAACUCAUGGGCGGAUUUCGAGAUCUUCAUACGUGGACGCGUCUUUACCCAAACAAUCCCAGGCCUCAAGCAUAUUGCGCUCAUACUGCAGACGUAUGGUAAUGUCUACCCUGGCAUACGGUCGUCUGAUAGGAAGAGUGAUAUGGUCGACAAGUUGAAAUCCGCAUUUUAUGGAAUCAAGUCCCGAAAUGACUUCCAGACGUAUGCCGAAGUGCGAGUCAGAUGCGAGGCGUAUGCGUUUGGCUGGUCGACCGAGUCAUUGAAUGUCGCCCUCGCCCAGCCAUCAGCUGUCCCGCCAGCCAGUGGCGCCCCAGCACCGGCUGCAGGGCCUUCGACAGCUGCUGCAGGAUCCACUGGAUCAGCAGGAUUUGGUGUGCAGAGAUGGCAACCUCGUACGUCGUGGAUCGUGGCCGAAGGGACAUUCUCUAAUGGACCGAACAGAAACGGCUACUGGAGGAGGAUCAAAUGGCGCGGCGUAUCCAGCAUCAUCGGUUCCGGCACCACCAGAACGUGUACCGCCUACAACAGCGAUUAUGAAUGCUUAUCGUGAGGCGGCAAGACCCGCGGCUAUCAAUCACGUACCGAGAGGACCAAUAUUGCUUGAGUGGAAGACGAGUCCAAUGUGGAAACCUGUACAGGCGAUCACGAAUAUGGAGCAAUUACCAGAUAUCACGGCCCACGAAAGCCACUCAAAUCGCAAAGAAAGAGUCACUCGUUUCGUUCUUCCAAACGACGUAAUCGCCAAACUCAACAUGUCCCACACCAACCCAACUACGACACCCCACUACUCUCUCCGCCUAUUCUGCGCCUCCUCAGAUCAUUACCGCCCACUGAACGCUCGCACAAAUCCGUACGGCACCAACAAGGAUAUACCGAUCGAAUAUCCGUCUUUGCCGGAUGUGUAUGUGGAUGGAGUCGGCUUGCCGUUCAAGGAGAAGGGACUGAGAGGGAAAGCGGGGAGUGCUCCGCCGUUUGAUCUGGAAAAGGCGCCGGCGAGGCGGGGGUAUAUGCCGGGGAGGAUGAUUUCGGUGGCGUUCGGGCACAAGGGGCCGACGACAGGAAAGAACAAGUCCAUCUCCAAAAAAUUCUUCUACCAGCUGGUCUUGGCGGAAAUAACGACGAAAGAGGAACUGUUGACAAGACUGGGCAACCUUCAACCCACAAAUGCGGGUGAUUCUUUGGACCAAUUACGAAAACAGCAAGACGAGGACGAUGAUAUCGUAGCGGGAACGGCGUCAUUAUCGCUCAAGGAUCCAUUGUCGUAUAUGCGUAUAUCACGCCCAGUACGGUCCAAGAAAUGUUCACAUCUUCAAUGUUUCGAGGCCCAGUGGUGGGUUGAGAGCAACGCCACACAUCCACAGUGGUUGUGCCCACAUUGCAGCAAAGAGCUGUUCUUUGACGACCUUAUCAUUGAUGGAUACGUCUCUUCAAUAUUGAAAGCCGUCCCGGACGAUUACGACGAUGUGAUCUUGGAGCCUUCAGGUGAAUGGCACACAGAAGAUAACAAAUAUGCCUCCGAGGUCUGGCGAGCAGCGCAUCCUCCCCCAGCUCCGCCUGCCCCCGCAAUCCCAUCCGUCCCACCUCCUUCCGGCCCAUCAUCCUCCACACCGGGGCUCGAGACGAAACCCAGUCUGACCCAGCUCAACGGCAACGACAGCAGCAAUGGAGAAGGCGCCAAGCGAAAAGUGGUCGAGAUCUUGGACUCGGACGACGAAGAUAGUCUCCGUGGUAAAUCAUCGGCAGCCCCUUCUUCGCGCGUGUCCCUCUCCAUCCCUCCUGUCGGUGCUCGAACAGGGCUCAAUACGCCGAUCAUUGAUCUGACUCUGUCAGAUUCAGAAGACGAAGGCCCACCACCGCCACCGCGUGCACCUGCGCCUGUGGCGGCGAACCCGGUGACGGCGCAAGUACCGAGACCGCAUACGUCUAUGGGGACGAGCGUGAGUGAUAUGGCUGGUGAAGAUGCGUUCUGGCGGGGCAACGUGAAUGAUGGGCAGGGGGCGGGGAUCAAUGGGGGCAGUUCAAGUCUCCCGGGGAGCUCGACGCAGUCUACGCCGGCUGCAGGGGCUGGGAGGAUGCCGCAGAUGGGGACUUGGGAUUAGACUUGAGUAGCUUAGUGGACCGAUGAGUGGGGUGUUGAGGUUUCUUAGGUUGUCAUUGGGGAUGUUGGCGCAUACGAUCAUUUUUGUAUAGGAAUUUUCAUGAAGGUCUUGACCGAUCAUCGAGUCUGGAAAGGGAGGUGGAGUGAGCUCAAUCCCCUGAUGUAAGAUGUGCAAGAUCCAGAAGUGGAUAGUCAGACGGCGAGUCAUAACUUGGACUCUUGCACGAGUUUGUCAUCGAGGUGGCCGAGGAUCA